AAGGCGGGGUUGGUUGGGCGUGGUAGGUAGACCUGGUCCUUGAAAAAAUGGGUAGUUUAGUUGCCGCCGCCGCCGCCGCCGCCGUCAUUACUGGUACAAGACGCCCAGUGAAUUAAUUGCAUAUGCCGAAUGCGUAGCCCGGAUGGUCGAGGUGGAGAAGAGCGGGAAUUGGUGGGAACGCACGGCACGUUGCUGGUAUGUAGUGUAAAAAGUGUAGGGUGGGAGUUGGGCUCAAUGGACAUGGAUCAAUGGACUGUUGGACGUCAACCUGAAAAAGACUAGGGGGCAAGACGUCGAGUUGGGACUCAACGCGAGGCAUCCGGAACCUGGGUGACAGAAUAGAAAGCCUGUCGUUGCCACCAGAUAACUGUGAUGAUGUUCAAUGGCCCGAAACCGGAUCGGUCUCCGGCCAGGUUGGGUCGUCGGUCCUCCGGUCGUCUGUUUGCGUCUGUGUUCCGUGAAAGUGUUGAAUGAAUGCGUGGAACGAAUAAAGUGAUAGUGUGUGUGUAUGUAUGGUUCCCGAGAGUGUCGUUGCAAGUCAUGGGUGUCGGAAGGGGCCCGCGUCACAGACGGGAUGUGCAGACAUGCGCGAGACAGUCGAGGGGGGUGGAAAGAAGGUCGAUGAUGGGCUGUUUCUUUGUUCAGACCGGCGCAGUCUGUCACAGCCAGUAUCGAGAAGGAGGAAUGUUGUCUCUGGUUGCGAAGAAAGGGUCCGAUUCUGUCCGUACUUUGCGUGUCUGCGGGUGCGUCAUGAAGCUAGCAGAGGUAAGUAGGUCAUGCAGGUUGGGUAGGCAAGGUAGGUAGCUACAUGCCCAUGGUACGCAGUAGUUGGAGGAAUGAGCGAAUGAAUCCUUGGGACGGCGGGCGGCCCAACACACUUGACUCGGGCCGUAUUUCCCAAGCAGUUGGGUGUUUCGGGUCUCUCC